AUGGUCACCGCAAGAGUAUUGUCUGUGAGAGAACUGCCAAAAAGCCAGUGGUUGAAGCAACUCAUGAUCCAGAUUGCACAGUGGCCAUCUCACAAAUUCAUACGGGAAGCAGAGCGGUACUGGAUUCGUCAGGCUCAGAAAGAUAUCAACUUUCAUGACCCUAACAUUCUGAAACUCGACCCAUUCCUUGAUGAAGACGGUGUCUAUCGUGUUGGUGGACGUUUGGACAGAGCACCGUUGUCGUAUGACCUGCGUCAUCCAUACCUUCUCCCGAAGAAGUGCCAUAUCAGUUACCUUCUUGUGCGAGAUAGUCACGUACACGCCGUCCAUGGAGGUUACCUGAGAACAGCUACUGAAGUCCGUAAGAAGUUCUGGAUUAUCGGUGACAUAUCUCUAGCACGACAUGUUGUCCGUAACUGUGUGACAUGCAAGAGGUACAAGGGAAAACCAGUCCAACAAAGAAUGGCUGAUUUGCCAUCGUUUCGAGUAACUCCUUGUGCACCGCCAUUCAAAACUACACUAGUGGAUUAUCUGGGCCCAAUCAACGUGAAACUAAACAGGAAUACCACAACGAAGGGGUACUGUGCACUGUUUACUUGUGCAGUCACCAGGGCCGUCCACCUAACUGUGGUGCAGGACCUUUCUACACAGUCAUUUCUCCAGGCGUUAGAAAGGUUUGUGAGCAUUAGAGGGGCUCCAGCUACAAUGAUUAGUGACAUUCCAAACAUUUCUGAUUAUAAAUCUUGUUUUCGAUAA